AUGGGUGACGAGAAUGGGAAUUUCGCCAUACCCUGCUCCCCAGCCCCAGACCCUUUCGUGUUAACCUCGUACGGUAGAUGUUCGCUCUCGUUCCAGUGCGCAACGAAAAACAACAAUGGGGAUAGUACAACAAUAUGGGGCUUCCUUGUCCAGCUCACCAUCACCGCCGCCACUGAAGAAUUAGAGGACCAUAACUCCAAUAAGACUCUUACGGGAGCAUGGGUCCACAUGAACUGCCAACAUCACGAUGUGCAUACGAUUAUGGGCUUCAACGGCAGUGAUUCGGGCUGA